UUAACACAGAAAAUUACCGCAUUUUAACAUAUUUGGUAAUUCUUAGACAGUUGUAUAAGAAGGUAACAUCCAGUGAGUUGGAAGUUUUUUUUUUUCAAUUAUCGAAAUUAUUUUUAAAAUAUGAAGUGCACUUCGUUGGUUUUAAUAUUCUUUAUUGCCAGAAAUACAGUAAAUGGUCAGGGUUCACCAACUGUUCGAUCAGCUAAUGGAUUCAACCCUGUCAAAGAUGCUGCAGUUCUACAGAAAGCCAUGAAAGGUUUCGGCACAGACGAAACGUCUAUUAUCGAACUCUUUGGUAGAAGAAGCAACGAGCAACGUUUAGAAAUUGAAAAGUCUUUUAAAACUGCGUAUGGCAAGGACUUGGUCGACGAAUUGAAAUCAGAGUUGAGUGGAAAGUUCGAAGAUACUAUUGUGGCAUUAGUGACACCAUCCCUUCAGUUUUAUGCAAAUGAAUUACACGAUGCCGUUGCUGGUAUGGGAACGGACGAAGAAGCAAUUAUUGAAAUUCUUGUUGCUCUGUCUAAUAGCGACGUCAGAACCGUUUCUCAACUGUAUCAACAAACGUAUGGCAAUUCAUUAGAGUCUGACUUGAAGGGAGACACAAGUGGACAGUUUCAAAGGCUAUGCGUCUCUUUAGUUCAGGGUAAUCGUAACGAAAAUCCGCAAGUGGAUAAUAGUACUGCUGUAACCGAUGCGAUUGCGUUGUUUGAAGCUGGUGCCGGUCAACCGGGUUCUGAUCCGGACCUUUUCAAUUCCAUUUUGGUUACUCGUUCCUUCCCACAACUUACCCAAAUAUUCAAGGAAUACGAAAAAAUUUCCGAACAUAAUAUCGAGAGCGCAAUCAAUGAAAAAUUCAGCGGAUGGACAAAAGCUGGAUAUUCGGCUAUCAUUGAAUGGUCCAAAUCGAAAGUGAAUUUCUUUGUGGACCGUCUGCAGAAUGCACUGACCGGUUACUUUCCAAAUCACAAGACUUUGAUUCGAAUUAUUGUCAGUCGAUCUGAAGUUGAUUUAGGCGACAUUGAAAGAGGGUUCUUCAACAAAACCGGAAAGAGUUUGGAGUCGUCGAUCAAGGAUGCUACAUCCGGCGAUUACAGAGACAUAUUGCUCUUGGUGGCUUCAAAUUGAGCUUUUUACAAUCGAAUUUCAAUCGAAUUACGACACAAGUGUGGCGUUUAAAUUGAGCUCAGUUUUGUGAGAAAAUAAAUAAAACUUUUGAA